ACGAGCUAAAUAAUCUUGCACCAAAAUGAUGAAAAAACGUCUAUCCAAGCGCAUGUCGGUUGCUCCCAUAGACUCUCCCACUAUUAAUGCAUUAGAGAUGCAAGCUAAUAGAUCCUCGGCCGCCAACACCCCGAGCACCGCGACCGCGACCACGGCCCCAGUAAAGACGAGCGUGCACGUGACAGCGCUAGACGGCAUAGUGAAUGUAAACUCCCUCUUCACGAUGGCGAUCUUCAUCGGAUUCUCCUUGACGAUCCCGGCAAAUGCGUCAGCCGGGUCCCGCCCCGAGUGCACAACGAGCGGGGAGACCGUGAGGCGCCUGAUCGUGUUCGAAGUGACGUCGUUCAGCUUCUUCCUCUUCUCGUCGCUCUUAGCGCAGAGCCUGAAGCUGACCAUCAACCUCGUCAACAACAUGGACGCCAACGAUCCGCACAAGGCCGACAUCGACCCCGACUAUCUCAGGUACGGCCUCUUCGGGUCCGCUGUUGGAUCCGUCGUGGGCUGCACCUUCCUCAUGCUCUCCAUCGUCGACUUUAUUCGGGUCAAGUUGGGGAGCUAUUCAUGUGGCGGGAAACCGGUUUAUGCGCUCGUAACAUUGGUCGUUUUCGUCGGGGCUGGACUUGUUGUUUACAUCUCCACGGCUGUCUACGCCUCCUUCUUUGUUCAGAUCACAUCAAAGAAUAGCGAGAAGCUACAGGACUAGACCCUAUUUUUUCUAACUUCUUCAUUAAGUUGUAUUAAUUGUAUUUUAUUUACAUCAAUUUAUUUAGUCGAUGAGGAGUAGUUGUUAA